AUGUCCGCCGCACCAAACGCAGCAACGUACGCAGACUGCGUCGCCUCCCUCCGCAACUCCCUCACCUACCUCCAAUCCUCCGUCGAGACCCUCGACCAGGGCGUCUCCGACCUGCCCCGCGUCGCCUCCGUCCUCCGCCCCACGCGCCACUUCGAGCUCAUCCCGCAACCGACCCUCGCCGCCGCCGAGGCCUCCCUGCGCGACGAGAUCGGGCCUUACAUCGCCCUCCUGCUCGACCGCGCAGACGCCCAGAUCGCCCGCCGCGAGCGCCGCAUCGAGACCCUCAAGGCGCGCUGCGAGCUGCUCCAGGGCCGGCUGUCGCAGCCCAAGGACGGGGACGACGAGGACGGGUACGCGAAGAAGAAGGGCAAGGGCAAGGGCGUGGGAGGCAGGGGCAAGGCGCUCAACGGGGAGCGGGCGUUGCGGGCUAGGGCGGUGAGGCAGAGGAGGGAAGGGUUGGAGUACAGCGUUGAGAGGCUGGAGCUGGAGGUUCUGUCAAAAGAGAGGGAACUGAGGAAGAGGUUGGAGAAGGCUUGA